UGACAAGUGACGUUGCGGCACAUGACGCAGUCUGUUUACAUCCACAGCUGAUUUUCGUUUAUAUUUAUCUCCACAUGGCUUGGCAAUGUUAAUUCUCAUGGUAAAUUAAAAUCCGCCGAUCAAUUUAGACGGGGGACUAAUGCACUAUGUUCGGUAGACGUUUUAAUUGGGUUUCCCGUAGAAAUAUGUCAAGGAGCAAUAAUAAAAGCAUAAUAAUAGAAAAAUUGGGGCCCAUCACGACUAUAGGCAUCAACAGACCGAGCAAACGAAACUGCAUAGACACCCCAACGGGGCGACUGCUCGAUGAAGCCUUGUGCACCUUCGAAGAGGACACAGACUCAUCGGUGGCAGUUUUAUAUGGAACGGGGGGCAACUUUUGUUCAGGUUUCGAUUUAAACGAGUUAGCCGAGGCAAAGCAUCAGUUACCACCGAUGAUGUUCCCCUCGAGAGCAUUUGUGAGGAAGCCAACGGUGGCUGCCCUAAGCGGCUACACGGUGGCCGGGGGGCUCGAGUUGGCCCUCAUGUGCGACCUGAGGGUCAUGGAGGACACAGCGGUUAUCGGUCUAUAUGGUCGAAGAUUUGGGGUACCCUUAACUGGGGGGGCCACAGUCAGGCUACCGGCCCUCAUAGGCCUAUCGAGGGCCCUCGACUUAAUUUUAACGGGGAGAUCGUUGGCGGCCAAAGAAGCCCUGGAUUGGGGCCUGGUCAAUAGGGUGGUGGCAUGCGGCACAGGUUUAGGUCAGGCCUUGCAGCUGGCCACUUGUCUAGCGAAGUUCCCCCGGGAGUGUUUAGGGGUGGACAGGAGGUCGACGUACGACGCGGCCUUCAAUGGGGCCUUCGAGGACGCGUUAAAAUACGAACGGGAGAACGCGGAAAAUGUGCCCCCGGGGGAGGUGGUGAAGGGGGCGAAGGCGUUUCUGGGGGGCAUAGGGCGACACGGGAAAUCUUAUAAUUUAACGGAAAAACAGCGCACGGAGUGGGAGAGAGAGUUUGAGAGCGAAAAUGCCAAAAGUAAAUUAUGAAUUUGUAUAUUUUGUAUAUAUAUAUAUAUAUAUUAGAUAAUAAAUAGCUUUAGUUUG